AUGGCGUUAUUACCUGAGACUUUGUCUAAUUUAAAUUCGGACCCUUCGAGAUUGAAUGAUUUCAUAGCCUACCUUUCAAGAAAUCACUGCCUAGAAAACCUUCAAUUCAUCCAAGAUGCAUCGAGAUACCGGGCUUGUUACGCAGAGAUAGUCGAGGAUAAAAAAGUCCCUUGGGAAUAUCUAAGACGUCAUUACGAUUAUCUGCAGGAACAAUGGGAAGACCUUCUGGGCACGUAUGUCCUUCCUAACGGAGAUCGUGAGGUCAACCUGCCCUCUGAAGUUAGGGCUCGACUUCUUGGGCUACGUUCUUCUGCAUUGCCCCCACAUCCAUCGGAGUUGGAUGAUGUCGUCCAAUUAGUCCUUGAGCUCAUGGAGUACUCGAUCCUACCUGGGUUCCUGAAGUCUUAUGAGACGCUGGAUCAAUCGAGAGGUGGAGUGGUUGGUGGCUGGAGGGGACUUUCAACGCCCACAUCAGAAGGGGACCACGAGGACUCUGUGCCGCGGGAUUCCGGUUCAAAAGAGGAAAGUGAGGCCACUCAUUGUACACGCCGCCGCUUCCUAGUAGACGCCAUCGCAUCACCUCGCAGCCAUCUACUGCGGCCUCUAGGAGGGUUACUCGACGAUUCUGUCUGCGGUAUCAGGGGUAUGAGAUGGUUGAAGAAGUCGCUAGGGAAAUAUGGAACAGCAGACACUGAGAUUGAUACUAAAGAUAAGGAGGCCAGCGCAAAGCUUCUGGAAUAA